CAGUGUGUGUCAGGUGACUUGGGUCACGCAGUCUCUCUCCCUCCUCGGGGAGGAACUGCCGCGCUCCAGCUGACUCCUCCGCCGGCGGGCGGGGCGGGGAAGGGGGCUCGGGGCGCGCUGGGAAGCGCGGGACCCGGACCUGGACGCCGCCCGCCGCCGGGGACGUGCAGCCCCCGCCUCCCGCAAAGCUCCAGACAAAACCCCCAUUCAGAAAAAGCUCGCGAGCAGCAGUCGAGGAGGCUCGCUCCUCCUUCCCUGCCUCCCGCCCCAAACCAGGCCCUCCUGCCGCCCCCCGCGAUGAGCCAGGUGCUGGGGAAACCUCAGCCGGAGGACGAGGACGACGACGAAGAGGAUGAGCUGGUGGGGCUCUCGGACUACGGGGACGGACCCGACUCCUCGGACGCCGACCCGGACAGCGGGGCGGAGGAGGGAGUCCUGGACUUCAGUGGCCCUUUCAACACUGAGGUGAAGCCAAGGAUUCUGCUUAUGGGCUUGAGGAGAAGCGGCAAGUCGUCUAUCCAGAAGGUUGUCUUUCACAAGAUGUCACCCAACGAGACCCUCUUCCUAGAGAGCACAAACAAGAUCUGCCGGGAGGAUGUCUCCAACAGCUCCUUCGUGAACUUUCAGAUCUGGGACUUCCCGGGCCAGAUUGACUUUUUCGACCCCACCUUUGACUAUGAGAUGAUCUUCCGGGGCACAGGAGCGCUGAUCUUUGUCAUUGACUCCCAGGACGAUUACAUGGAAGCUCUGGCCAGGCUCCAUCUCACGGUGACCAGAGCCUACAAAGUGAACACUGACAUCAACUUUGAGGUGUUUAUUCAUAAAGUGGAUGGUCUGUCAGAUGACCACAAAAUUGAAACCCAAAGAGAUAUUCACCAGAGGGCAAAUGAUGACCUUGCAGAUGCUGGAUUAGAAAAAAUUCACCUCAGCUUUUAUUUGACAAGCAUAUAUGAUCACUCAAUAUUUGAAGCUUUUAGCAAAGUGGUUCAGAAACUAAUUCCACAACUCCCAACCCUAGAGAAUUUGCUGAACAUCUUCAUCUCUAAUUCUGGAAUUGAAAAGGCAUUUCUGUUUGAUGUUGUCAGCAAAAUUUAUAUCGCAACUGAUAGUACCCCAGUGGAUAUGCAAACCUAUGAACUCUGCUGUGAUAUGAUAGAUGUAGUUAUUGACAUCUCCUGUAUUUAUGGUCUCAAAGAAGAUGGAGCAGGAACCCCCUAUGACAAGGAGUCAACAGCCAUAAUAAAACUGAAUAACACAACAGUUCUUUAUUUAAAAGAGGUGACAAAGUUCCUGGCUCUCGUCUGCUUUGUCAGAGAGGAGAGCUUUGAGAGAAAAGGGCUUAUCGACUAUAAUUUCCAUUGCUUCCGGAAGGCCAUCCACGAAGUAUUUGAGGUGAGAAUGAAAAUGGUGAAAUCACGGAAGAUUCAGAAUCAGUUGCAGAAGAAAAAAGGAGCUACUCCCAACGGAACACCCAGAGUGCUGCUGUAGGGGAGUUCCACAAACAGCUUUUGAAGCCAGCCCUUUGGGGGUAGUUGAGGGUCAGCUGCUCUGUGUUGCACUACAAAGGAGGAAGAUGGAGACUGGAACACACAACCUGUAUUUUUUUGGUGGGGUGUGUUUUUUAAUUCCUGCACCCUCUUGACCAUUUCUCAAUAAAGUGAGCACUUGGAAGCAAAAAA